AUGACCACCCAAAUCACCCCCUCCAAGCAGGCUGCCAACUCUCUCGAGCAAUUCAAGAUGAGCGACUCUCCAGUCAAGAAGCUGAGCUUCCAGCCUGCGGAGAAAGAGAACACCCCUGCCGUCGUCGACGCGUCCGCCACCACACAACUCAAGCCUGCUGCGGAGAAACCUGCCGUGCAGGAAGCUCCCAAGGUAGCUCCCGGCAUCAAGGAAAUCGAGGCAAAUGAGCCUUUGCUCCAGGAAAACCCUCACCGAUUUGUCCUUUUCCCGAUUAAGUAUCAUGAGAUAUGGCAAAUGUAUAAGAAGGCCGAGGCCUCGUUCUGGACUGCGGAAGAGAUUGAUCUCUCCAAGGAUUUACACGACUGGAACAACCGCCUGAACAAAGACGAACAAUUCUUCAUUUCACACGUCCUCGCCUUCUUUGCUGCCUCCGACGGCAUUGUGAACGAAAACUUGGUUGAGCGCUUCAGCGGCGAAGUUCAGAUUCCUGAGGCUCGUUGCUUUUAUGGCUUCCAGAUUAUGAUGGAGAAUAUCCACUCGGAGACUUAUUCUCUGCUCAUUGAUACCUACAUCAACGAACCCAAGCAGCGAACCUAUCUCUUCGACGCCAUUGAUAACAUUCCUUGCAUUCGCAAGAAGGCUGACUGGGCCUUGCGCUGGAUUUCGGACAAGGAAUCUACCUUUGCUCAGCGACUCGUUGCCUUCGCAGCAGUCGAGGGAAUUUUCUUCUCCGGUUCCUUCGCUUCGAUUUUCUGGCUCAAGAAGCGUGGUCUGAUGCCUGGUCUGACUUUCUCCAACGAGCUGAUUUCUCGUGAUGAGGGUCUUCAUACCGAUUUUGCCUGCUUGCUCUUCUCCCACCUCAACACUCGUCCAAGCCAACAGGUUAUUCAAGACAUCAUCACUGAUGCUGUUUCCAUCGAGCAAGAGUUCUUGACCGAUGCUCUCCCAUGUGCCUUGCUGGGAAUGAACUCGAAGCUGAUGUGCCAGUACAUCGAAUUCGUCGCUGACCGUCUCUUGGUUGCUCUUGGUAACAAGAAGUACUAUAACUCCACCAACCCCUUUGACUUCAUGGAGAACAUCUCCCUUGCUGGCAAGACCAACUUCUUCGAGAAACGUGUCGGUGACUACCAGAAAGCCGGCGUCAUGAACAGCACGAAGAAAGAUAAGGACGAGGAUAAAAAGGAAGAGAGUUCUAGCGGCCUCAACUUCGACGAGGACUUCUAG